AUGGAUUGUAGAUAUUCAGAGGAAAAAUUACACGAACUAAUGAUGAAUGAUGACAAAUUUGCAGCGGCAAGUGGAAGGAUAAUGAAAACAGAUUUACUUUUUAUAGAUGAAAUUGGAAUGCUUUCCAGAAAAGUCUUUGAGAUGGUUGAGUCGGUUUGCAGAUUUGUUCAUGACAGUGACCGUGUAUUUGGGGGAAUACAGGUUAUUGCAUGUGGUGACUUCAAACAGCUCCCACCAGUGCCACACCACUGGUAUAAUGAUGAUGGAUCCUACUGUUUCACAAGCCCUCAUUUUAAAAUGGCAUUUCCUCACCACAUCAAUUUGAAGAAGGUUGUUAGACAAACAGAACCAGACUUGAUUGCUGCAGUAAAUGAAUUGUGUGAUGGUUGUCCUUCUCCAACAACAGUUGCCUUCUUGCGUAGCCUGGACCGACCUCUUUCAGCACAUACGAAUCCAACGUUUUUAUUUGGCACACGCUUUGAUGCAGAUGUCAUCAAUCAAGAAAUGGUUGAAGAAAUGCCUGGAGCAGCAAUCAGUUUUAAGUCUAUAGAUGAAGGGGACACAAAACUACUCAGAAGAUGUGAUGCUCCAAAUACUCUCAUUUUGAAAGAAGGAGCACCUGUAAUGCUAACAAGGAAUAUUGGUAAUGGUGUUUUUAAUGGCACACGGGGGACUGUUCAUAAGGUACAGGAGAAUAAGGAUCCUUUUAUUAACAUCAAUGGCAACAUUAUGUCUGUGCAAAGGUUUCUUUUUGAUAUUUACCACCCACAGCAACAGAAAAAUCUCGCAAGGAGAUCCCAGUAUCCACUCCACCUAGCUUUUGCACUUACUGUGCACAAAGCGAAGGGUCAAACCUUAGAGUGUGUUGAAGUAGAUUGCUUUUCGUUUUUUGCACCAGGACAGAUGGGGGUAGCAGUUGGAAGAAGUGUAACCAAAGAUGGUCUAAGAAUCGUGAAUUUCAAUUUACAGGCAGCUAAUUUAAAACAUCCGGAGGAGGUUUAUGCUUUUUAUGCAGAGGAUUGUAAUGAACCACUUGAAACCCUGGAGUGCUGCAGGCAGGUCUGUGAGAAUAUCACUCCAUGUUCAACAGAGUUGACACCAACUAUUAAUUUCACAGAGGAAGUACCACCCAAUGAGGAAGAGCAAGCUGUUCAUGAUACACCUGAAAUUGAUUGCCCAUGGAAUUUGGAAGACUUUAUUCAUAAAAAUCAGGAGUCGGAAUUUCUGAAACAUAUUCCAAAGGAAAUUCUUGAUGUGCAUAAUGAAAGCAUGCAACACCAUAUGAAAUAUCUUUAUAACAAGGUGCAUCAAGUGUUAAGUAAAGGGCCAGAGAAAUCGGAGAGUUGGGUAGCAGCUUACUCCUCCCUAAACCAGUUUCUUUUGAGUGAAACACAUGCACGACUGUGUGAGAAUCUUUUCAAAUCCAGACCAUUGAACCCUCAUCAUAAUAAAUUUUCCACAAAGUUAUUACUCUGGAUAAUGGACGCAGAAAUAAAGAAGAAAGCUUCAGACAUUGUUGCACAACAACAGCAUAAAUUUGAUGAGUCUGACAAGACAAUACAUACCCCUUCAUCUGUUACUCAAAGUAAGAUAAGAUACCUUGCAGGAGCAUGCAUACAUAAAAUUUCUGAGAGAAUUCAAAAAUCUGUGCUGCGGACACUUGGCAAAAUAUCAAAAAGUAGCAGACUUGGACGCAAAAUCUCCUAUCACAAGCAGAAAUUACUGAAGCAGCUCAGAAUCUCUGAGGAGAACACAGAGUCCAAUGAUUCAAGCAUGAAAGAAAUUUUGCACAAGCAAGGAGCAUCAAGAGGACUAUUUAUUGUCAAUGAAUCAGUAUAUAAAUUCUUUGUACAAGCUAACAAUUUUCUGCAAACAUACUUAAAGCCAGAAUUCAUUCAUUUGCAUAUUUGCCAUCUUCAAGGACAAUGCAGAAACCUAUUAUUUGGUAAUGAAGAAUUAUUGGAAGGCUGGCUGAAUUUAUUCCAGUCAUUGCAAACAGAUGACAGGGAAGAAGAGAUUUUCAUGUCAUUGCUCCUUGAUCUCUUUGCUGAAGUGAUCGACUAUUUCAUUAAAUUAGCCCUUGUUGAUGCAAUCAAAGAAUUCAAGGAGCUGAUUCCAAGGAAAAAGAAACAAGCCCUACGGUCAAAAAUAACAGCUCUGGGAGAAAGAGGGGGACAGAAGAAUUCAGAACCUGUAAAAAAGGGUAAAAAGUACAGCAGUGCACAAUCAUCUGUAUCACAUGAAAAUGAACCCUCGACCUCUCACCAAGAUGAAAUCUACAAAUGUGACAUUUGUAAAGAAGAGUGUGAAUGGGAACCUAGUGAUGAUGCUUAUGAAAGUUUAGCCUGUGACAAAUGUAAUAAUUGGUUUCACUAUGCCUGUGUUGACAUUAAGGGUGAUGAGACUUUUCUGUUUAAAAAGAACUCAAGAUGGCAAUGCCCUAGUUGUAAGCCGCCAAAGAAGGGAAAAGGAAAAGGCAGAGGAAAAGGGAAAAAAAGUUGAAUGCACAGUGUAUUGUACUGUUAACAUUAUUUUCACACCGAUUUUUAUAUUUCAAAUUAAGACGAACCUUUGAAUGUACAUCUUUCAUUUAAACAUGAGUUAAUGUACAUCAUAUCUCAUUCAGUAUUAAGUCAAUGAUUAUAAAGUUUGAUUAUAGAUUCCACAAGUUUGUAAGGCAAAAAUUUGUUUGAUAUUUAGUAGCAGUAGACAAUGCAUAGAUAUAUCGAAAUCAUGACUAUGUAAACAUUGAGUAACGAAGAUGUGAUGCUAAUGUGAGUGUAAAGACAGAUUGGAUUUCAAGCCCAAAAAUGUAUUUAUUCCAUGUACCACUUUCUUUUUUUCAAUAUUUCCUAAUAUGCUUGUGGUUAUGUGGCACAGCUAGGGCCAAUUUUUUUAAUUAGUUGUUUUUCAAGACUUUUUUCCAAAAUAUUGGGUUGGUAGGUUGGUAAAAAAAAUUAAGUUAAAAGCAAAAAUUUAUAAUUAAACCCUCUCCUCCACUCCCCUAAAAAUUAUAUAUUGCAUACCAGUUGCUGGUAUAUUUCAGUAACCAAAGUUCUGUAACAUCCAUUCAUAGGAUAUAUCAAAGGCUGAUAAUUCUAAGAUAAUAAGAUUAAAACUUUUUCAAAAAAUUCAAAUAAUACUUAUCAUUUGUGGUUAUUGACAAAAACUUCAAAAUUUUAUUUUCUUUCCAAACUCUUGAAAAUUUGGGUGGGUCGGUAUUGAAAAACAAGUAAUAAAAAAAGUGGCCUAGAUCCUUUGGGCUUUAAUUUCAAAUUCUAUUAAUGUUUUAGACAAAAGGGGGGAUCCUUUCAGAAGGAAUGUGGAAAAAUAUGCUUAGACCCCAUUUCCUCCAUUUGUUUUGAAAUAUAAAUUUAUAAAUGUAGUAUGAUUUAUCAGAUUGUCUAUUUUGUCAAAGCUCUCAGCAAAGACUUUUUAAGGUAGCUCACUACACUAAAGCUUAUACUCUGUAUGACACCACAUCACAAGUUGGCGAUUUAAAUGUUUUGUGAAAUUAUUUGUUUCGCUCGAUUUGUUUGUACAUCAUUGUAGCUCAGUGGUUAAA